CCACUACACCCCACUUCCAUUUCCCUGUGCGAAUCACGGGUUACAUCAAGUUUUAAAAAAAAAUUAAUAAUAAUAAUUCCAGAAAACACACAGAAAUUGCCGAGUACUUGGUCAGAGCUGGUGCCCAGUUGGACAAUGCUAACAACAAAGGAAGGACCGCGGUUCACAACGCCGCCUACACAGGCCAAACGACGCUUAUAUAUGCUCUGAUUGGACGAGGCUCUGACGUCAACGUCAUGGAUGAGUCAGGGGACACACCUCUUCAUAACGCCAUUGCUAAGGACCACACAGCAGCGGCUGAGCGAAUUCUGACGUCACCGAAAGUAGAUUUAACGAAAACCAACAAACGGGGAUUCAACCUUCUUCACUGGACAACGUUGAACGGCAGACCUGGAAUUGUAGAGAAAAUACUCCAGAGAAAUAAAAAAAUCAUCGACUCUAAGAAGGAGGAUGGAUUUACGGCACUACAUCUUGCAACAGUCAACGACCAUACAGAUAUUGCAAGAGUUCUCAUUGAACAGGGAGCUAGUGUAAAUUCGAAAGCAAACAAAGGACUAACACCUUUACAUGUUGCUUGUGACGAAUGCUACAUCGAGCCCAUCCAAAUGCUAAUAUCUGCAGGUGCCAAUGUUAAUGCAGGUGAUAAUGAUGGAGACACACCCUUACACGUUAUUAUGAUGCAGAGUCAAGCAAAUGACUUGGAAUAUAUAUAUUUAAUUAUUUACAACUUAUACAACAUAUAUUAUAUUUACUCAUGAUCAAAACGUUCCUGUACAUAAUUAAAAGUUAAUAUUCAUACUUUUGAACAAUCUUGUUUGCCAUACAUGUAUUAUUCAUCUGUUAAAAAAUACUGUGGUCCAGUCCUGGCCUGUGACAAGCUGUGCGCUUAAAGUUUGAAACAUCGAAGGGAAUUGCUUCAUAAUAAUUCUCUGGAAUUUUCAUGAACAGAAUUCAAGUAAAUGCAAUUAUGUAUAUAUUUAUUUGUUACAAAGAAUGUUUGUUACGUGAGUA